CUGUUUUGCUCUGCUCUGCUCUAGUUUGCUCUACCAUGGCUCCUCUCUUGUUCUUCUGUUUAAUGCUUUCCAUCAUUUCAAUCUCUGCUCUUCCUCAUUCUCUCAAUGAUAACUCACAACAACAACAACAAUAUUUGCUCUUGCAAUUCAAAACGGCCAUUUCGAACAACAAUAACAUUUCCCUGACCGACUGGACUUCCCAUCGCCCCCUCUGCAAUUGGACUGGCGUUACCUGCAAUCUCUCUUCUCACUUUGUCGUCGCCCUCAAUUUAUCCAGCAUGAACUUACAUGGCAUCAUCUCUCCUCUACUGGCGAAUAUCUCUUUUCUUCGAUCCCUUGAUCUCUCCAACAAUGCCCUCACUGGUACCAUACCACCUCAACUCGGCCAACUUCCCCAUCUGCAGCUACUCUGGCUCUACCGCAAUCAAUUGCAAGGAACCAUUCCGCCCUCUCUCUCCGCUUGCCGCAGUUUGUAUAACUUGGCGCUCUCCUAUAACCAACUGCAAGGCAGCAUUCCACCCGAGUUGAAUCGCCUCACAAGCUUGAAAAACCUUUACCUGGGAUCAAACAAUCUCACAGGUACCAUUCCUCGCUCUCUAGCAAAUCUGUCCGCUUUAGUUGAACUGUAUUUGGAAGAGAAUGAUCUCACAGGUACCAUUCCCCCUGAAUUGGGAGCCCUGCUUCAACUAAAGGACCUUUCUCUUUAUAGGAAUCAGCUGUCAGGCACCAUUCCACCUCAACUCGGUGAACUUCCCCGUCUGCAGCUACUCUGGCUCCACCGCAAUCAAUUGCAUGGAACCAUUCCGCCUACUCUGUCCGCCUGCCGCAGUUUGUAUGACUUGGCGCUCUCCUAUAACCAACUGCAAGGCAGCAUUCCGCCCGGGCUGAGUAGCCUCACAGCUUUGAAGAACCUUUACUUGGGAGGAAACAGUCUCACCGGUAAAAUUCCCCGUUCUUUCAAAAAUAUGUCUUCUUUAGUUCUUUUGUAUUUGGAGGAUAAUGAUCUCACAGGUACUAUUCCUCCUGAACUGGGCAUGCUCACUCACCUACAUGAGCUACACAUGAGUGAAAAUCACCUAUCAGGCAGUAUUCCUUCCUCUUUAACAAAUCUCUCAAAAUUGAACGAAUUAAUUUUAUAUCAAAACCAGCUAAGUGGGCAUAUUCCAUGGGACAUUGGUAACAAGCUUUCCAAUUUGACAUACCUCAGUUUAUGGGCAAAUCAGCUUAGUGGAAACAUACCAAAUUCAAUUGGAAAUUGUUCCAGACUCGACACACUUACAGUAACUCAAAACCGGCUCGAUGGAAUAGUGCCAAUGGAACUUGGUAAGUUGAGCCUCCUUACCGUGCUUUAUCUAAGCCAGAAUCAACUUGUUAGUACCAGGAGAAGCACAUUGGACUUUCUGAAUGCUCUCACAAACUGUUCCCACUUGGAAUUAAUAGAUGUGUCAGACAAUCAUUUCACUGGUAUAUUACCUCCAUCCAUCGGCCAACUGUCUUCCAAUCUCUCUCGCCUGAAUUUAUCCCACAACAUGAUUAGUGGAACCAUACCUCAGCAAAUAGCCAAUCUGACAAAUUUAACCUUCUUAGAUUUAGGCAGUAAUCUUUUCAGUGGCAAUAUUCCACCUGCAAUUAAAAACUUCCGCUUCUUGGAAAGAUUGUAUCUGAAUGGGAACAAAUUAGAUGGAAGAAUUCCAAGUGAGAUAGGUCAAAUGCAACAUCUCGGACUCUUGGAUCUUAGUAAAAACCAACUAGCUGGAAAAAUACCAGAGUCCCUUUGUAGCCCCCAACAGCUUAGGCGUCUUCAUCUUCAGCACAACAACUUAUCGGGUGAGAUCCCUGUUAGUUUAAAUGGAUGUCGGAAUUUGGAGCUCCUUGAUUUCUCUUACAAUAAGCUGCGGGGAAGCAUACCUCGUGAAGUCAUUGUCAGCCUUCAAAACCUACAAUUCUAUCUCAAUCUUUCGUGGAAUUCUCUUGAAGGGUUCUUGCCACAGGAGAUGAGUAAAAUUGUAAAGGCUCAAGCCAUUGAUAUCUCUGGAAAUCGACUUAAUGGAGUGAUUCCAAAUGCUCUAGGAGAUUGCACUGAACUAGAGCAUCUAAAUCUGUCCCACAAUGCCUUUGAUGGUCCAAUACCAGAUUCACUAUCCAAAUUACAAAAUCUCCAAGAAAUGGAUCUUUCUGCCAACUUUUUGUCAGGUUCAAUACCAAUGUCUCUUGGAAGACUAAAAGUACUUAACUACAUGAAUGUUUCUUUCAAUAAAUUGUCAGGUCAAAUUCCAGAAGGAGGGCUGUUUCCGAACAGAACUGUUAUAACAUUGUUUGAGGGAAACCUUGGCCUCUGUGGCCCAAGUAAUUAUUCAUUACCUCCAUGCCCAAAGCAGAGCCGGGAAAAGCAUUCACUCCUGAUAAAAAUUGUCUUAUCAGUUGUUGGAACCAUUGCUUUAUUAUUAGUCUCUUUCAUUAUAGGAAUGCUAUGGAGGCAUAAACUUUCAAGAAAACUAUUGCAUCCCUCAAACUCUUUUUUUCAAAGGCUCGGCUAUCCAAAAUUUUCUUAUCAAGAUCUUGUAACUGCAACAUCUGGAUUUGAGGAGUCAAACUUGCUUGGAGUGGGUAACUUUGGAUCAGUCUAUAAAGGCAUUUUGAGGGAUGGUAAGAUAGUUGCCAUCAAGGCUCUUAAUUUACACAAUGAGGAAUCUCAUAAGAGCUUUAACACAGAAUGCAGAGUGUUAGGUAGGAUCAGGCACCGCAACCUCAUCAGAAUCAUAAGUGCUUUCUACUACCCUAGCUUGAAAGGUUUGGUUCUUCAAUAUGCAUCAAAUGGGAGCUUGGAAAAGCAUUUGUAUUCUGACAGAGAUGAUCAGGACUUUUUUGAAUUGGGAUUGAGUGUGUGUUUGAGCAUUUCUAUAGAUGUAGCCCAUGGCAUGGAAUAUUUACAUCAUGAUUGUCCAAUGCAAAUUGUUCACUGUGAUUUGAAACCUAGCAAUGUGCUCCUGGAUGCCAAUAUGACAGCCUUUGUGACUGAUUUUGGUAUAUCCCGUUUAAUUACCACUCCAAAUUCCACAGAUUCAUUGAGUACAGCAACAUUUGCCCUCAAGGGAUCUAUUGGCUAUAUUGCUCCAGAGUAUGGAUUGGGCGGGAGUGUUUCUAUAAAGGGAGAUGUUUACAGUUAUGGAAUUCUGAUAUUAGAGAUGGUUACAAAGAAGAGGCCAAGUGAUGACAUGUUUGUGGGAGACCUGAGCUUGCAAAAGUGGGUGAGGUCAGCUUUUCCUGAUAGAGUGGCAGAGAUUGCUGAUAGUAGGUUGCUGAGGGAUAUGAAUUCAAGCAUGGAAGAAAAUGGAUUUCUUCUUUCAUUCAUUCAUGUUGGUUUGCUAUGCACCAAUGAAUCGCCAAGAGAACGACCCUCCAUGAGAGAUGUAGCCAGGGCCUUGGAGAACAUCAAGACGUAUUUGGUGGGAAAUGAAGCCUCUUCCAAUUUAACAUCUACUAUAUCAGACCUCUUACGCAAUACCAAUUCAAGUCUAUUAUCAGCAUCAGAUAGUCGAAGUUCUACAUUUUAGAUGUUUUGAGUUCCAUCAAGUACUUUUGGUUUUCUAUGUUAGCUAAAGUUUAUCAUCUUUUACAAGCUGCAAAAUUCAUAUUGUAAUUCAUUAAACAAGUAAGAUGUUCCAAGUCAUGUGCAUGCAUAUGUUUAUAUGUGUCGAAAAAUGUGUAAAUAUUAUCCAUGGAACUUCCUCUCUAUUUUUGCAGAAUUUUAAGAACUUUUUUUCCCUUUUCUCCUCGAUACUCAUCAUUCUUCAACAUCAAAAAGAUGAGAUCGAUCCAAAUGUUGUAACAAAUAUGAAUACUCAUAU